AUGUUGGCACCUGAUAUUUUUAGCUCUGCUUGGUAUCGGUUUUGCCACCAUGUUUUGUCGUUUCAAUUUCAUCACAGCAGUCUGUACCAAAGUUCGUCCAGAGUGGUUGGUGUUUACCAUAUUUUUCGCGUAUUUGAACUACGUUCUAUACACGAUGUUUGUGUUGAGGUUUUAGUCAAGGGGCACGUUGAAGAUCGAGUUUCCGUGAUAUUGUUAUCUUGGUUACUAUUGGCAGUUAAGAGUUAUAUGAGGCCAUUUGUUUUCACUAGGGUUUUGGCCAUGGCAGCAAACUAUAAUAGUUCUGUCAUGACAGUCCUUUUCUUUUGGGAAGGAUUGUUUUUUCCACCAAAGCUCUGGAUUUUUUCAUCUCUUGGCUUCAUAUAUUCUGAACUUCUCAUUGUAACUUCUUUAUUGUAUUAUGUAAUAAUUCUCCAAUUUGCCCUUUGUACUGAAAUGUUAGUUUUAUAUUUAUGA